CAAAACAAAUUAACUUCCACAACUUGUACAAUAAUGGAACCUUACACUUUGUAUUCCUUAUUGGAAGUUCUUAUACAGCUUAUGAACACUAAUGUAUCAUCAAAGCAUCUUUUUGUGGUACUUUUGUUAGUAGGUUUAGCAACCUUUUACUUUGCACGUAGAAGAAAAGUACACAUUUAUUUGAUAGAUUUUAACUGUUUUUGUCCUCCAAGUUCUUAUAGAAUACCUAAAGCCAUGUUUGAAGAGAAUAAUUUUUUUGAUGAAAUGGAACAAGAAGCUGUUGAUUUCCAUAGCAAAAUCAAUGCAAAAUCAGGAUUCAGUGAUGAAACAGCCAUUCCUCAAUCACUAGCUCAAAUACCAAAAGUUAAAGCUCUUACCUUUGCACUUGAAGAAGCUGAAUUAAUAAUGUUUUCAGCAGUAAAAGAUCUUUUGCAAAAAACAAAAAUCAACCCAAAAGCCAUCGACAUUUUAAUAACUAACAGUAGCAUUUUCUGUCCUACACCUUGUCUUAGUACCAUGGUGGUUAACAAGUUCAAGAUGAGAAGCAACAUUAAGAGCUUCCAUUUAUCAGGUAUGGGAUGCAGUGCUGGAAUUAUAGCUGUUAGUCUUGCAAAAGACUUGUUGAGAGUUCAUAGAAACUCAUUGGCUUUAAUAGUAAGCACAGAGACACUUAGUUUAAAUUGGUACACAGGUAAAGUUCCAUCUAUGCUACUAACAAAUUGUCUAUUCAGAAUGGGAGGAUCAGCUAUAUUGAUGUCUAGUAGGGUUCAUGAUAAGCAUAAAGCAAAGUAUGAGCUAAAACAUAUUGUUAGAACAAUCAAUGCAUAUGAUGAUCAAUCUUAUGCAUGUGUAUACCAAGAUGUGGAUUCAGAUAACAAAGAAGGUAUAUCGAUAUCGAAGAACAUAGUCAAUAUUUGUGGAGAUGUGUUGAAGAAAAAUAUUGUUUCAUUAGGACCAUUGGUUUUGCCAUGGAGAGAGCAAUUCCUAUAUGUAAUUUCAAUUAUUUAUUAUAAACUAUGGAGUAGAAGAAGCACAAGCAUAUAUACUCCGAAAUUUAACAAGGCUUUCGAGCAUUUCUGCAUACAUUCAGGAGGAAGAGCUGUUAUACAAGCUAUUGAGAAAAACUUGAAGCUAAGGAAACAAGAUGUUGAGCCAUCACAAAUGGCUCUUUACAGAUUUGGAAACACUUCAUCUUCUUCAAUUUGGUAUGAGUUGUCUUACAUAGAAGCAAAAGGGAGGAUGAAAUGUGGUGAUAGAGUGUGGCAAAUUGCCUUUGGAAGUGGAUUCAAGUGUAACAGUGCAGUGUGGAAAUGUCUAGGUGAUGUUAAGCCUGAUAUUUACACUGCAUGGAGGGACACAAUUCACUCAUACCCGGUAGAUAUUUUGGAAACAAACUGAUGAAAUUAUGAACACAUUUUGUUGUUCUUUCUUGGACUUAGUUUGAUUUGCAUAGAAGUGUAACAAAAAAGAUUGU